AUGUCAACACCCAAUCAUAUAACACAUCUCAUUCGUAUCGACCAUCUUUGUAAAGAUUGGUGUUCAAAACAUUCUCGUUCUUGCGCGUACUUUUCUUCUAUAUUAAACAUAUUAACGCAACGAAAAGAUACUUCUAAUUUUCUAUUUAGCUCAAACAAUGCCAACUCUUCCAAAAACUUUUCUUGCACCAAUUUAAUACCUUCUUCAUCUCAUAAAAAUCUUCCUUUUGCCUUACAACCGCAAUCUUUAUCUUUAUUGAUUUAUAAGCAAUCUCAUGAAAUUGAAGAAAUACUGACAGCAAUUCAUUCUACUUUAGAAGAAUUUGAAGAAAUCAUUAAUUUAAUGAAUGGAAUUUUAAAUCAAAGUAAUAAAUUAGUUAACCCGAAUCAAGUAUUUUUAUCAACUAACACGUCUUCGUCUUCUCCCGAGUCACCUAAGAAUACCAACUCCAUAUCAUCAACGCCACCUACAACACCAACAAAAUCAUCUAAAAAAAAGAAGUCAAAACAAUCUCCCAAGAAAUCAAAAUCAACUCCACCGAAGAAGCAAACAAUUAAUUUAUUUGAUAAUUUUGACAAUCCAGUUGAUAUAGCUGAUAUACCAAUUAUCACAUCAAAUUAUUAUAUUGUUAGAAUCGUCGAAAUGUAUGAAAAGGAAUUAUGUUAUAAAAAAAAUUUGAUUUUCGGGGGAUGUCUUAAGAUCGAUCAUAAUGAUGAGGAAAAUGGAAUAAAUAACAUCAAAUUGAUUAGUGAAAGAUGGGCCGUUCAACCUUAUUUGCUGUUUGAGGUGGAAGAAGAAAUAUUUGAUAGAAUUAAAAUUUGGAAGCGAGUUAAAGAAUUUGAAGCUAUGAAAUAG